AAAUGGUCUCCACUUCCAAAUUCUGUCCCCUCUUUUCUAUUUAUCUAUACAUACACUCACACACACAUCAAAACCUUCCUCAUUUCAUUCACACACAAACACAAACACCUCAUAUGCAUCCAUCUCCAUGACUUCUUGAUCAAUCUCCGAAGCUGAUCACCUCAACUAGCCAAUACAAACAAAGAGGCUGCAAUCUUUCCCAAAAAGGGCCAUUUCUUGAAACCCAAAACUAGCAUGGAAGAUCUGCGUUUAGUGCUCCACGCUGCAACCUUCUGAAGAAACAAGACGCUACCUUUCGCCUUCGAACAACCCCACAGUUAUGAUGGCGGUAACAUCUGCUUGCAAGGACAAGAUGGGGAUGGAUAAUGGGAAGUAUGUGAGGUACACCCCGGAGCAGGUGGAUGCUCUGGAGAGGCUGUACCAUGAGUGCCCGAAGCCAAGCUCGUUACGUCGACAGCAGCUGAUCAGAGAGUGCCCUAUCCUCUCCAACAUCGAGCCUAAGCAGAUCAAAGUUUGGUUCCAAAACAGAAGAUGUAGGGAAAAGCAGCGAAAAGAGGCGUCGCGGCUUCAAGCUGUGAAUAGGAAAUUGACAGCUAUGAACAAGCUGUUGAUGGAGGAAAAUGAUCGGCUGCAGAAACAAGUCUCUCAUUUGGUGUACGAGAACAGUUUCUUCCGCCAACAAACUCAAAAUGGAACGCUCGCCUCCACGGAUAACAGUUGUGAAUCGGUGGUGACAAGUGGUCAGCACCACUUAACUCCUCAAGAUCCACCCAAGGAUGCAAGUCCUGCAGGACUGCUGUCCAUUGCAGAGGAGACUUUAACAGAGUUUCUAUCGAAGGCUACUGGAACCGCUGUGGAGUGGGUCCAAAUGCCCGGGAUGAAGCCUGGUCCGGAUUCCAUUGGAAUCAUCGCUAUUUCUCAUGGAUGCAGUGGUGUAGCAUCACGUGCAUGUGGCCUCGUGGGAUUAGAACCCACUCGAGUGGCCGAGAUCCUCAAAGAUCGACCUUCAUGGUACCGUGAUUGUCGAGCUGUGGAUGUGCUCAAUGUGAUGUCUACUGGAAAUGGUGGAACAAUUGAGCUGAUGUAUAUGCAGCUCUACGCGCCAACUACUCUCGCACCUGCUCGAGACUUCUGGCUGCUACGCUACACUUCUGUGAUGGAGGAUGGCAGCCUUGUGGUGUGUGAAAGAUCUCUGAACAACACUCAGAACGGCCCCAGCAUGCCGCCUGUGCAGCAUUUCGUACGAGCAGAGCUGCUUCCCAGCGGAUACCUGAUAAGGCCGUGUGAAGGGGGUGGAUCCAUCAUUCACAUAGUUGAUCACAUGGAUUUAGAGCCUUGGAGUGUUCCUGAAGUGCUGCGCCCUCUGUACGAGUCAUCGACUCUGCUUUCUCAGCGGACAACCUUGGCUGCUUUGCGCCAGUUGAGGCAGAUCUCUCAAGAAGUUUCUCAGCCUAAUGUAACGGGUUGGGGGAGACGGCCUGCUGCUUUGCGUGCUCUUGGACAAAGGCUGAGCAGAGGCUUCAACGAGGCGGUCAAUGGCUUCACAGAUGAAGGAUGGUCGAUGAUCGAGAGUGACGGAAUAGAUGAUGUUACCGUGCACGUAAACUCCUCCCCCGGGAAACUGAUGGGAACGAUUCUAACUUAUGCAAAUGGAUUUCCGUCUAUGAGCAACGCGGUGCUAUGUGCUAAGGCAUCCAUGCUGUUACAAAACGUACCUCCGGCUAUUCUGUUGAGGUUUCUAAGGGAGCACCGGUCUGAAUGGGCUGACAGCGGCAUUGACGCCUACUCGGUUGCUGCUGUCAAAACCGGGGCUUGCAGCAUCCCCGUUUCUCGCGUUGGAUGCUUCGGAGGGCAGGUGAUCCUUCCCUUGGCUCACACCAUUGAGAAUGAAGAGUUCAUGGAGGUGAUUAGGCUUGAAAACAUGGCUCAAUAUAGAGAUGAUGUGGUCAUGCCUAGUGACAUCUUCCUCUUGCAAGUCUGCAACGGCGUGGACGAGAGCGCUGUCGGGACUUGUGCGGAGCUCAUCUUUGCUCCAAUAGACGCCUCUUUCUCCGAUGAUGCUCCUCUCCUUCCAUCCGGUUUCCGCAUCAUCCCUCUCGAAUCGAAAUCUGACGCCUCGAGCCCUAACCGUACGCUGGACCUUGCAUCCACUCUGGAAGUCGGGGCCGCGGGGAGCAGAGCGAGCGGCGACCCAAUGAGGAGCUCCGGGACCGCGAAAUCCGUCAUGACGAUCGCAUUCCAAUUUGCGUUCGAGAUGCAUCUUCAAGAGAGUGUUGCAGCUAUGGCGAGACAGUAUGUCCGCAGCAUCAUUGCAUCCGUUCAACGAGUGGCGUUGGCACUUUCGCCCUCCCGUCUCGCCCCUCCCGCCACUCUGCGCCCCCCUCCCGCCACACCGGAGGCACAUACCCUCGCAGGCUGGAUCUACCAAAGCUAUAGGUUUUUCUUGGGAGUAGAGCUGCUCAAACCUGCAGCAGAAGGAAAUGAUUCUAUUCUCAAAACACUUUGGCAUCAUUCUGAUGCUGUACUAUGUUGCUCACUAAAGGCAUUGCCGGUUUUCACAUUCGCGAAUCAAGCAGGGCUCGACAUGCUCGAGACCACCCUAGUCGCGCUACAAGACAUGACUCUCGAGAAAAUCUUCAACGACGACGGGAAGAAGACUCUCUUCGCGGAGCUCCCUCAGAUCAUGCAACAGGGCUUCGCGUGCCUACAAGGGGGCAUCUGUUUGUCGAGCAUGGGGAGGCCGAUCUCGUACGAACGAGCCGUGGCGUGGAAGGUUUUGAAUGAAGAAGAAGAUGCACACUGCCUAUGCUUCAUGUUUGUAAACUGGUCGUUUGUUUGAGUCACAAAAACCAUCACAUUUUGACAUCUUUGUAUGAGUUGUGACACCACUUCAUGUUCAGACUCAACUUUUCUCUCUUUAAUUUAUUAUUAACAGUUCUUAGUUUUGUAGUUUUAACACAAUUUGGCCUUAAUUUAUGUUAAAUUCUCUGUUUUUGA